AUGAAAUUUAAAGGUGAUAUUUUGAUUAUAUUCGUAACAAUCAUCCUCAUAGCAGUCGAAGGACUUCCACUGGAACAUUAUUUGCCAUUUUUUCGACAUAUUCGCAAUGACAGAAAUUCGGUUAUCACUGAUUAUUUUAAUCUUGGUCUGUCAUACAUUGAAAUUGUCACAUUUCUUGCCAGCUUCCAUGGUGUGACGCUCAGUGUGCGUCAAUUGAAACAGAUUCUUCACCAUUUGCGUCUAGGAAGAAGACUGAACCGAAGCAAUGUAGGAGACGUUCUUGAUGCUGUUAUGCAAGACCUAAAUGGCAGUGGAAGUAUUAUUGGCUACAGAGAAAUGCACCAACGAUUAAGGAAUAAUUACGGAUUAGUUGUGACAAGGGAAACUGUUCGUCAG